AAGAGAGAGAGAGAAGAAAAACGGCAAAGAAGUGGGAUGAGUGGGAGCCUGUCUGAUGCAAAAGUGAACACAUUUAUAGCUGACAAGUUUGCUAAAAGGCUUCCAUCAAAGUGAGUGAUUUCCUCAUAAUCUUUCCUCUCUCUUCACAUGCCAGAAAAGCUGGAGCUCCUGCUGUUCUACUCUUCUCUUUCCAGUGAUUGCUGACCCUCAAGGCUCCCCACUGAUGGCGCAAGGUACUGGAGGGGUAACCGAUGGAGCAAUGCAAUAAAUUUGGCAGUUAACCCAGCACCAACCGCUGCCAUGUUUGAACGGUUGCCACAGUGACCAGGAGGCCCACACGGCGAGGUUUGGGCUUCCCGUUUUUCACACCCGUGGCACCAAGGGAGGAAAAGCAGAUUGGGAUAGGAGGUGUUGGUUACAGUGGAACCGGAGACCUAAAGAACACAACACAAUAAAACAUGAUGGGGAGAGGAGAGGUGUUUGCAACUCUUAAAAGGAGGAUACAAGAUUGGAUAGCCUGUCCAUCAUUUCAUCCAGCAUGGUAUCCUAUCUCUACUCCCUGUGCUGUGAACCUUAUCCAGAGUACUGGGAUUAUUUCAACUCAUCCAAAUUGUUUAGUAUUGCCAUGAAAUAACACAUAGGGAAAGGGGUGUCUUGAAAUGUUGUAUGAAGCUGAAAAAGCAAGGCUUAGUUUGUGAUAUGCAGAAGACAUGGUGAAUCUUUUGGCACAGAUAAGGCAUAUAGUACGUAAACCUAUUAGUCCCCCCUCCCACACGCGCGCGCGCGCACACACACACACACACACACACACACACACACACACACACACACACACCCUGCUGCUCCCAGGCCCCUCAGCCCCUGCCAUAGUAAAAGUGCAUGAUUUCCAGCUGCAGCCCUCUUAAGGGUCCUUUAGUUAAAAAAAAACAAAAAAAACAAGCCUAAUGCUUGUGAGUCAUUUUGAAAUCACCAUUUUAUAAUUUAUUUAUCUUUUUAUUGACAGCGGAAAAUUUGUGUCAUGUCAACUAGCUCCAGGGACCACUGUGAAAGUGCAGAGAGCAGAAAAUGUGGCUUGAGUUAGCCAGGCGGAUUAGCACUGAGUGCCUGACGAGGAAAACUACAAUGCAUCACUUGAAAACAUAAAACCCGUAAACCUUCAUGUUUGUUGCGGUUGUGCUUCAUUAGGACGACCAACGUAACAUUCUGGGAUUUUACAUUGUGUGGCAUGACAGCUCUAAGACUCAUUCUGUGGUAAACGUUCAGCAACAUGCUGAUUUUGACUGUGAAUUACAGGUAAUGUGACUAAACCAUGAUGUUUUAAGGGCUUCUCAGCACACUUCAGCUCAGGUUGCAAAGUGCCCCCUAACCACAGAUUUAAAAUCAGAUGUAUGCAAUGUCAUCAAAAGUCUAAAUAUUUAGUAUGCAUGGAAAGGGGGGAUUUGUGCAUGUUUAGAGCACCACCAUUAGGUAAAUGAUCUGAGAAUUUGUUAUUUUUUUGGGAACAGUAAUUGGUGACAUGUUUUAUCUAAAACCUUUCAAAUCUCUUAUUCCUCAACAUGGGGACAAUUGGGGGUACUCCAACCCUCCAAAUAUUUUUUUUAUUUAGAAAACGGUACAUUUCAGGUUUGUUUGGUCUGCUGUAUCUCGGCCUCUGUAGUAGUCACAUUGUUUUUGACACUUUUAUCUGAAUCCCACAUUUCUUACCUGUCUAAGAGUACUAGGCACGUGUUUAUAGUUUUAAAACCAAAUGUACUUUAUGAGGGUAGUAUACAAUAUUAUGUGUCGUUUAUAAAAUGCCACCAGAGGGGGUCAGAGUUUAAGAGGUUUUAACCUACACCGUUACUUAGUAAACAAAAUAAACUGGAGGUGGACCAAUUGUCAUAGCAUACCCUAUAAGUGCAAUAAAUGCAUUUAAACAUGGAGGCUGAAGAAAUCACAUACAGUAGAAGCAUCGUAAAUAAAACUGGAUUUAGAAAAAUGUCAUAGUAGCGACUUGUACACAUUUGCACUUAUAACAUAACUUAUAACAUAACUCACGGUAAGCACUUCGUGUUCCUUAAAACUUGAAACCUUUCUACUGCUGUGGGGUGAACAGUACACUACAGUGGGGAUCUGAGCUGUCUGUCAGGGUGCUAUGCCCCAGGUUAGACUCAAGCAGGCAGGCAGGCAGACGUGUGGGGUAGACUGGAUCCCACCCCUGAGCUGCAGCUCUCAAAUCAACUCACAGAAAAUAAACGCUGCACUGCCAAAGGGACUCGUUUAUCAAAUCUGAAAUUGCACUCAUAGGGCAAAAUAACCUACAAUUACCAGCUAGAAAUUAACUUUUCAGUCAGCCAUCCAGAAAAAGAUCAUAGGAUAUCCUACAAAAGGGAAUUAUUGUGAACCCCUGGCCUCCCCCUCCCACAACCCCAUACAUUCCAACAACUCCCCAUUUACUUAGAAUGUCACAAACCUGCAGUCCCAUAAAAGUAGGGUGCAUGUUUAUGCAUUUAAGGAUCUAGUUGUAGAUUCUAUAGGCAGUCGCAGGAUGUGUUUAGUUGGUUGCUUUCAAGGGCAAAUCAGUGUGUGUGUCCCUUGGUGCUUUAAUCUGAAAGUUUUCCUCCCAAACAACUUCCACAGACCCAUACUUACACGGAGAGCUCUGUUGCUACCAGUUUCACCAAGAUAUUUAGACCGCUCCCCAAAACUUCAGCUUUUCCAGCAAAAGCAAUUACGCGCUGUUGGCCCAAAGUAAAGUGGAGAGGGACUCUCUUUAAAGUGUGUAAAAUUCCCUCCUUGUUUAAUUAUGUAGUGCUGGGUGGAACCUGGGGGCCUGGGACUCCGUUCUACUUGCAGUGCUUUUUCCAUGGCGCACAUAUGCAAGGCAUUGGUUCCCACGGAGAGAUCGGAAGCACAGCGGAUCCCAAACAAGAGGCUAUGGGUUGCCCAAAGCCCUUAGCUGAGCGGUGACCUCAUCGCCUGACCACCUACGUCUCCACAAAAUCCCAAGCAUGAGGUUGGGCACCCCUAGUGUGGUAUCCGACUGUAAACUGUGAUGUCACGUGUGAGUCAUCCACAUCUGAGGCCUAGCUAUGGGGACUUUAUACCUUGACAAACCCAAGUGCCCUUCUCAUGGUGGAUUAAGGCUUUACAUUUAAUUAUGUCGGAGGGGAAUAGUUGACUUCUAGCUGACUUGGCGGUCGAACCUAAUUUUCUUAGAACAAUUUCUUAUCAAAUAACGGUGUAGCUUUCAGAGGACCUGCAGCAUCUGAAACACACCCUGUAACAGUGCUAUGCUUACACACAUACACACUUUACACAGUAUAUGACAUAUAUUUCCUUUUCAGUCUUUCAAAUAAAGCUGUCGUGCAAUGUUGACAUUACAAACAAAUUUGAUUAAACAAAUAUCCAAGCUGGAGACCGCAAGUUUGAUAAACAACUCAGUCACUCCUUUUAGAUGUAUAAAUGUAUUGCUUUUACUACUGUUUUGAUAUAUCCGUCGAGCCCCCGAUUUAUCACCGCUAGCUGCUUACACAAUAUCUCUGUUUUCUGGUGUACAGAAAAAUGAAUGAUCUGUAACUAAAUAGAAACUUGAUGUGUACAUAUUCUCAAUGCAGUUUUGCCAAUAUUCAUUUUCACAUUCCACGAUCAUCUUACAGAAAACGUUAGACAUAUCAAGAAUGUUAUAAGCAUACAACAACGCACCUUAGACAGUGAGCCAAGCCACAAGUCGAUGUAUCUAGCAGCAGUGUCUUGCUAACCUUGCUGACAGAACCAGAACAAAGGGUGAUAAUAAAGAUGUCAAAAGCCGUCAGCAUUCAUCCCUUCAACUAUUCAAAAUCUGCAGGUCACUGAAUCUGAUGUUGAGGCUUGAUAAACCUGCUGAAAAAAAACAGCAUAGACCAGCAUAGGCUGGUCCAGCAUAGGUGCUGUUUUUGCUGGUGACCAGUCUUCACAACAUUUUUAGUGGUGCCUUCGUUGUGUUUUUGAUGUGCCUUCGAUGUGUUUUAUGGUGACCAGCCUUUAUUGUCUUUUGCUGGUGACCAACCUUUGCUGUGUUUUACUGGUGACCAGCCUUCGUUGUGUUUUGCUGGUGAUCAACCUUUGCUGUGUUUUACUGGUGACCAGCCGUCGUUGUGUUUUGCUGGUGAUCAACCUUCGCUGUGUUUUGCUGGUGACCAGCCUUCGUUGUGUUUUCGUGGUGACCAGCCUUUGCUGUGUUUUGCUGGUGACCAACCUGCGUUGUGUUUUCGUGGUGACCAGCCUUUGCUGUGUUUUGCUGGUGACCAACCUUCGUUGUGUUUUCGUGGUGACCAGCCUUUGCUGUGUUUUGCUGGUGAUCAACCUUUGCUGUGUUUUGCUGGUGACCAACCGUCGCUGUGUUUUGCUGGUGACCAACCGUCGCUGUGUUUUGCUGGUGACCAGCCUUCACUGUGUUUUGGACACUGGUGCAUAAGCUAGUCACCAGCAAAACCAGCAUUGUCACAUCCCAGCUAACAGAUAACUUUCUGAGAACCAUAUGCUUCUUUAAGAUUGGUGAGAGUGUGGUUGUCCUAUGGUUAUUUUGCACACAACCUUCCCACAACAUUCUAGAAAUGGUGCAAGACAUUUGCUUGGCUUUGGAACAUUCUCAGCAUAUUUAAGAAAUUUGACAAAAUAAUGUUAUUUUCUUGAUAUUUCAUUACUUUAACACAAUGUUCCCUAAAAGUUCAAACAUGGUUACAUUUAUUAAAAAUGUGGUAAUGUUCUAGAAACAUUCUCCAACUGGUUUGACAUUGGAAAUGUUCUCAAAUAGUUCAGAGAAUGUUAAGAAACAAUGUUCUUGUCACGUUCUGACCUUAGUUCCUUUGUUAUGUCUUUAUUUUAGUUUGGUCAGGGCAUGAGUUGGGGUGGGCAUUCUAUGUUGUUUUUUCUAUGUUUUGUUCUAUUGUCCUUUUCUAUGUGUUUGGCCUAGUAUGGUUCUCAAUCAGAAGCAGGUGUCAGUCGGUGUCUCUGAUUGGGAGCCAUAUUUAGGUAGCCUGUUUUUCCAUUGUGUUUUGUGGGUGAUUAUUUUCUGUGUAGUGGAUGUCACCUUACAAAACUGUUGCGUUUCGUUCUCCUUUGUUAUUUUGUUUAGUGUUCUAGGUUUAAUAAAUAUAAUGAUGAACACUUACCACGCUGCGCUUUGGUCCUCACCUCAUUCCAACGACGAGUGUUACAGUUCUCCUGUGGGAAUGGCAAUACUUCAGCAUAACGUUUCCACCAGGUUUCCUCGUGGUUCUAUUUAAAGUCAUGUUUUCAAAUUGUUUCGAGGAUGUUAAGAAAAAACCUUCUUCUCUGGGAAUUUCAGUACUUCAGCAUACCAUUUCCUACAGGGUUCCUCAUUGUUCUAUUUAAAGUCAUGUUCUUAGAACAUUAAGAAAACUUUCCAUAUAAACCACAAGAAAACAUUAGUAGCAUUAAAAAAUUAUACAUUCCGCUAUCAGCGUCAACAAAACUCUCUCUAUCCCCUAUCUUGUGAAGUGUGUUCAGGUGUGUUGGCCGCGCCUACUAAUUGGCCACCCCUAAUCUUAACGAGUGCUUGUUCCCUUUGAAAUGGGGUCUGUUUGAACAGGCUAAAUACAACCACUUUGCAUGCUAGCUCUAUCCUGGUGGCACAGUGGACUAAUUCCAUGGACAGAGAAGAUUAUACGGUUUGAAUCUCAAUGACGUGCCAUUAUUAUUUUUUUCAUGUAUUUGCAUGAUUAAUGCCUAAGCAAAUUAAUUUCCAUGUGCCCUAUCUGUGCAUGGAGCUAGAAACAGUUAACCCAAACUAAGCUAGAAGUGUUUUUAAGUCUUAUUGAAACAUUUUGUGAAAGUUUUAAGAUGAAAAACCUCCAAAUAACCUAUUAUUCCCAUUCUCAGAACAUGAAUAAAACAUCCCAUGAAAACGUUCAGGGAACCAUUGUAACGAACGUCGUCGGGAGAAGGAGAAGACGACCAAGGUGCAGCGUCGAACAGGGUCACUCCAACGCUCUCAAGCAGCCCCCCAGCACCACGUAACAUUUCCUUGAGGAACGCGUCCAUUGCUGGCUCCCAACAAACAUGGACUGUUUUCCCAUGCUUUAUUUUCUGUCGAGACAUCAUGAUUCCUGGUAAUCGAAUGCUGAUGGUCAUUUUAUUAUGCCAAGUCCUGCUGGGAGAGAGCAACCAUGCUAGUCUGAUACCUGAGGAAGGGAAGAAGAAAGCCCCGGGCCUGCAGAGUCGGACGGCUGGUCAGAGCCAUGAACUGCUGCGGGACUUUGAGGCCACGCUGCUGCACAUGUUUGGGCUGCAGAGGCGACCGCGGCCCAGCCGCUCUGCCACCGUGCCACGCUACCUACUGGACCUCUACCGACUGCAGUCGGGUGAGGCCGAGGAGGCCGGUGCCCAUGAUGCCGCCUUUGAGUACCCCGAGAGGUCAGCUAGUCGCGCCAACACCGUGAGGGGCUUCCACCACGAAGAGCACAUGGAGCGGGUUCAUCCGGGCGAUCUUCAGACGAAGAAUGGCGAGGCCGCCCCGCUGCGCUUCCUCUUCAAUCUCAGCAGCAUCCCAGAGGACGAGCUGCUCUCGUCGGCCGAGCUGCGUCUGUUCCGGCAGGAGAUCGACGAGGCCAUUUCGGGGAGCGGGGGGGACAAGGAGGGGCUCCACCGGAUAAACGUGUACGAGGUUCUGAAGCCCCCGCGGGCCGGGCAGCUAAUCACGCGGCUCUUGGACACGCGGCUGGUUCGCCAUAACGCCUCGCGCUGGGAGAGCUUCGACGUGAGCCCCGCCGUGCUGCGUUGGACACGGGAGCGCUUGCCCAACCACGGGCUGGCUGUGGAGGUCCAGCACCUCAACCAGACACCGCGCCACCAGGGCCGCCACGUGCGCAUCAGCCGCUCACUGCACCAGGAACCCGGGGAGGACUGGGAGCAGCUACGCCCCCUGCUGGUCACCUUCGGCCAUGACGGCAAGGGCCACCCGUUGACGCGCCGGGCCAAGCGCAGCCCAAAGCAGCGGGGGCGUAAGCGCAACCGCAACUGCCGCCGUCACGCGCUGUACGUGGACUUCAGCGAUGUGGGCUGGAAUGACUGGAUAGUGGCACCCCCAGGGUACCAGGCAUACUACUGCCAUGGGGAGUGCCCCUUCCCCCUGGCAGACCACCUGAACUCUACCAACCACGCCAUCGUGCAGACGUUGGUGAACUCGGUGAACACCAACAUUCCCAAGGCCUGCUGCGUGCCCACGGAGCUCAGUGCCAUCUCCAUGCUCUACCUGGACGAACACGACAAGGUAGUCCUAAAAAACUACCAGGAAAUGGUAGUGGAAGGGUGCGGUUGCCGCUAACACUGACUAUGGGCAACUUUAGGCAGGCAGCACAGAUGCUAAGUAAAGACCCCACUUUACUCCCAAAAAUGUUCACUUGGACCUUUAUUUAUAACUUUUAUGUUGUGAUGUAUGUUUGUCUAAUUUUUUGGUUUCCUUGACAAUAUGAUCAUAUAUUUUGACAAAAUAUAUAUAUAUAUAUAUAUUUAUAUCUACAUAUAUAAAAAAAUAAAAGUGAGUCCUUAUUUUAAACAUAAAUAAAAGCUGUACAACUUUUCAUAAUGUAUAUUAGAUUGUAUAAGGUUUUUUAAAAUGAGAAAAUAGUAUAAAAAAAAUAAAAAAUAAAAAUAAAGUUUAUUUACUGGUAAUAUUUAUUGCUUUUAUAUUAUAUACAAUUAAAAGAAAAAAUUCAAACAUAAAUUGCCUUCCAAUAUUACAUUUGAGCAGAUCACAAGAAGCACAAAUUGUGUACUUAAAUAGAGCACUGUGUGAAAUUAUCACAGCACUGAUUUGUUAUGAAUCAAUCAAAGUAAUCAGAAAUGUGCAUUGAUUUUAAUUCACCUCUUUACAUCGAUCUUUAAACCAAUGAUUUCAUUAGAUAAGUCCCUUGAGUAAGAAUUAGAUUUUUUAUGUAUAACUGUAAAAAUCUAUCAGAUAAUAUGGGUUGUGAAAAAUGAAAAGUUGACAGCAAAGGUCCAUGACUGUUUUAUAUGAGUUUGUAUUUAACACGUUUGGGUCUGAUACUUUUGAAAAUGUACUUGUAAUUGUUGCAAUUCAUUAUAACAGAGGAAUCUUUCUGAUGCUCUGUCUCUCCCAAAUAAAAUAAUGUUCGGUUUCAUAUCUGGCAUUAUCCAAGUUGGAUUGAUUCACACUUGAGUAAAGGACUUUAGUAAUUUCUCAACAUAGCUGUUUUGUAAGAUGAAGAUCACCUUUUGCCAAUUAUUAGCAUAAAGAAUAAUGCAACAAUUAGAGACCAAAUAGUCCUAGGCAUGGUAUAUUUGGGGAUAGGCUACACUAUGCUCAAAUUUCACUUUUACGUCAAUUAGUUUAACAUGUGGGGUGGUUAGACACUCGCUAAUCCAAUUGCCAUCUGUGCGGAUAGUUGAAAUUGAUUGUUGGAGACAGUUGAGAAGUGAUCCAAUUGUUUCCGACAGUUUAGCGUUGGGGGCACGACUGUGGGUGAUGGGUCAUACACUGACACAUGGCGAAACCCGUUCUCGGAAGAAUCAAAGGUUAGACCGUCUGUCUCCAUCCUUUGUCUUCAACGGCUCAUGCCGACAGAAUAAAGACGCCUGUCUCCAUUAGACAAUGCACUUCUACAUCACUUAUUUACAAUCGGAUGACUGCACCAAAUUAUGUGAUAACGUUUGGAGAGGGGAGUCCUUUGAACUUUUCAGGACAUUACACUGUAUUCCCCCCAUGUCCCUGCAUGAGCUUAGUAUAGGAUAGGGGACAUGUCUUAAGAUAAAUACAUUUGGCAUUAUUGGAAAAAUUAUUUUUUUCAGCUUACCUUGGAAAUGUUUUAGGCCUGCGUGCUUGGAAAGAGUAGAAGGCAUACUUUUCUUUCCCCAAAGCACAACAGACUCAGAAAAAGCAAUGUCUCCAAUCCGCACCAAAAUGCAUCACCACGGGAGUCACACAAACCCAAACAAGCCUUUUUGCCAUGGUUGAGGUCAGCUAGUUGUUUCUGAAGGGUUUGACCUAAAAAAUCUAUAAGGAUUUUCAAUUAACCUCCCAAUUGCUAAAGUAACGCAAAUUAAUGUGCCAAUAUUUUUGGUUUACUCAAUUAGCAUUUUAAAUCACAGGUUGGCAGGUGGAAUUAUGUGGUAGACGUGUCUAUAUUCCAAUGGAAUGUGUGUGGCAUGGUUUUGUUGCUGUUAUUUAGUCUUUCCAUCUUAGACCAUGAUUUCUGCUCACCUCAGAGAAGUUUACCACAGUCAACCUCAGGCUCUCAGACAGCUGUUGGGCUUGCCUUUGAUGCCCGCAUAUCAGGCGUAGCCUCAUCAAAAAGAGAGGCUGAAAAUAAAAUAAUUUCAUUUUGAAGUGGCUGAAGGCAGAGGGGAGUUCUUCUUUUUAGCAGCUUGACAGCGCAGUUACACACAUUUCAACUGAUCACCUGAGUUUAGAUAACAUCAGCAACUUAUGGUAAUUGUCUGCCUGGUCAUUAUCCCACCUACACUGUUAAAACGAAGUGCUUUGUAACACCAAAACUUGUGGCAACUGAGCUGUCACCAACUUGAAGGAGACGAAACCUGAACUGCUGGAGUAUUGAAACACAUCAUCCUGAGAUGUUUCGAAACAUUACAUGGUGUGUUGUAACACCACAAAAUCAAGUGUUGUGUAACACCUUGCUAGGGUCUGGGAGCACAAACAGAAACGAUUGAAAACAUUAUUUUGGUUAUUCAAGUCCUGUUUAGUGCAGAAUUAGAUACCUUCUCUUUUGGUGUUGUUUUUUCUCUCUAAAGCUUCGAAACACCAUUAUGAUGUUUGAAUCCUGUCUAGUGCAUAAUUAGAUCCCUUUUUCUUAAGUGUCGUAAUGUAUAACAUUGUUUUAUGUAUUUUAUAAGUGGACAUUUUAUAUCACUUUGUCAGGCAUUGUCAAACAGUUUUCAAACCACCAGCACUAACUGGCAGGUGUACUGUAAAAAUGUAAGAUUUGACCCUUACCUCAUCCAUUAACAACCAUGACAUUCUGUGGGAA